GAUGCACCCCAUCGCCACCCAAGUCUCCCAAAUUGCACGUCUCAAGCAACUCUAUAUAUCCGACAUCCGCUUUGGGGGUGGUAAAUACGUUGUGGCACGCACAUAGUUCAACGCGUGUAUAGUACAUUACAUACUCUACUUGCCACAUGCGGCACGGUACCUUGGCUGCAUAGACGAGACUCUACAGUUUGUUUGUUUUUUAGUCUCGAAGGCCAAUCUUCUUGUCUUUUACAUGUGCAAUUCGAGACAAGAGCAGUAAUGGAUAUCGACGACCUGCUGGCCGAGGUCGCCGUCGACUCGACGCCACAGGAAUCGCGCGACUUACAGGAGCUGACGCGAUGCUGGGUUGCCGAGAGAGUGGCGCCCGAGAUUCUGCCGUGGCCGACAGAUCUCAUGGCAAGAGUGCUAGAGCGCAUCGCAAGACAGAUUGAACUUGUCGAAGACCAAACAGGGAACAUGGACCCAAAGACGAAUUUCACCCUCAUCAUUAUACAGACGGAACUUGAGCGAUUCAAGUUUCUCGUCCGUAGUUUUUUGCGGGCGAGGAUAAAAAAGAUCGACACGCACCCCCUCCACAUCUCAUCCCAACACACAUCCUCCCUCGACACCCCAAACCCGCUCCUCUCCCCCGCAGAACAUCAAUACCUCACAUCCCACCAAGCCCUACUCGCCUCCCACUACGCCUCCUCCUUCCUAUCCCAGUUCCCGGCCUCGCUGCAGCGUCUUGAUGAUACUACUGGUGGCAUUAGCAUGAUAGACAAGCCAGACGAGGACAAAGCCGUGUUCGUGCGUGCGUUGAGGGAUGUGGGCGAGAUUUUUGUCGAGGGCACGGAUCGUAGGUUUGAAAUGAAGAGAGGGGACGUGUGGGUUGUACGGUGGAGUGCGGUUCGGCGGUGGUGUGUUGGGUGUGGGACAGGGGAUGUGGAGUUGAUUUAAGGAGAUGGGGAAUACCUUUUUUUUUGUAGCAUACAAGGUUGGGUUG